CCACGCCAGUUCCAAACCCUCCUCUAUGUCUCAAUUCGUAUACAGAGAAACAAGAUUAUAGCCUACAAUGUCGUCUAAAAUCCCCGAAAACCUCUACCACGUCCUCCUCACCAUCACCCGCAUGAACAAGAACCCUAAUAACAUCAUCGAAACCCUCCGCAUCCCAGGCACUUAUACCUCCCUUCUCGCCGCCAAAGCCGCCGCGCACAGCUGCCUCUACGACGCCGGCUACGAGCGCGACUUUUUCCCGACCUAUGAAACCAGUCACACGAUCUUUGAAAAGGAGAACCUUCCCGACCGCAUCGGCCUCGCCAUCUACGCUGUCGCCCCAGACGGCACCACCUUCCGUGUCCGCAUCGAUACCACUCCCAACAAGCUCCAACUCACUACCGAUCUCGACGACGGUCGUAUCUCCAUCCCGCUGUACUACGUCGUCCAAGCAAAUGUGGAAUAUGAUGCCAUCGAGGGACAGAGUACCGUCCGGGAGAUGAUUGUGCAGGGCACGUUCACGGACUACCUCCAGGCGAGAGAGAGCGCGAGGGGCGUGUUGUUGUCCGAACAAGACGGGAUCUUGAAGGGCAGUUAUGCAGCAUAUGUGGAAGCCGGGGAAGGCGAUCGGGACUGCGGAUUUGGAGAAAACGUGGUUGUACAUGCGUCAACGGAUUAUGGAGUGAACCAUCUCGUUAGUGUGAUCAGGAAUCAAGAGUUGGGGAGUGUGAGUUUGGCGGAGGCUGCGAUGAAGAUUGGAUAGCCUUUCGGGUCUGUUCGUUAUGGUAUAUGGAUAGGUGGCUGAGUAAAAGUAAGCAAUGCAUAUGGAAUAGUGUGCUGGGAUGAUGUAAAAACCGGCAGGACUCUGAUGUGACCAACUUCUGCCUACUCUGGGGGCCUGAUUUGUUGCCUGUUCAGGAAUCAUUGUGACUCAGGUAAUUGCAUCGUGUCUUGUGCAACGCUCAUCGCAGGGGAUCCCGGAUAGUGUAAUCGCAGGGCUAAUCAGAAAGGCCCUUGGCCCGAC